GGCCUCUGAGCUGAGCCCCAGAGCGAGCCGCCCUCCGGGCCGGGUGCCGAGAAGAUGUCCCAGCCCAACACCGUGGACGAGGGGGCCACGUUCGAGCAUCUCUGGAACUCCCUGGAACCAGACAGCACCUACUUUGACCUGCCCCAGUCCAGCCAGGGAAACAAUGAGGUGGUGGGCGGCGCAGAGGCAGGCAUGGACGUCUUCCACCUGCAGGGCAUGACCACCCCCGUCAUGUCCCAGUUCAAUCUGCUGAGCAGCACCAUGGACCAGAUGAGCAGCCGCGCGGCCUCGGCCAGCCCCUACACCCCGGAGCACGCCACCAGUGUGCCCACCCACUCGCCCUACGCGCAGCCCAGCUCCACCUUCGACACCAUGUCCCCGGCACCGGCCAUUCCCUCCAACACCGACUACCCCGGCCCCCACCACUUCGACGUCACCUUCCAGCAGUCCAGCACGGCCAAGUCCGCCACCUGGACGUACUCCCCACUGCUGAAGAAGCUCUACUGCCAAAUUGCCAAGACCUGCCCCAUCCAGAUCAAGGUGUCCGCCCCGCCGCCCCCAGGCACCAUCGUCCGCGCCAUGCCCGUCUACAAGAAGGCGGAGCACGUGACUGAGGUCGUGAAGCGCUGCCCCAACCAUGAGCUCGGGCGGGACUUCAACGAAGGACAGUCUGCUCCGGCCAGCCACCUCAUCCGCGUGGAGGGCAACAAUCUCUCGCAGUAUGUGGAUGACCCCGUCACGGGCAGGCAGAGUGUCAUGGUUCCCUACGAGCCCCCGCAGGUGGGGACAGAAUUCACCACCAUCCUGUACAACUUCAUGUGCAACAGCAGCUGUGUGGGGGGCAUGAACCGGCGGCCCAUCCUCAUCAUCAUCACCCUGGAGACCCGGGACGGACAGGUGCUGGGCCGCCGGUCCUUUGAGGGCCGCAUCUGCGCCUGUCCUGGCCGAGACCGCAAAGCUGACGAAGACCACCAGCGGGAGCAGCAGGCCCUGAGCGAGAGCGCCGCAAAGCACGGGGCGGCCAGCAAGCGUGCCUUCAAACAGAGUCCCCCUGCCGUCCCUGCCCUGGGCACCAACGUGAAGAAGAGGCGGCACGGGGACGAGGACGUGUACUACAUGCACGUGCGGGGCCGAGAGAACUUUGAGAUCCUGAUGAAGGUCAAGGAGAGCCUGGAGCUGAUGGAGUUGGUGCCGCAGCAGCUGGUCGACACAUACCGGCAGCAACAGCAGCUCCUGCAGAGGCCGAACCACCUGCAGCCUGCCUCCUACGGGCCGGUCCUCUCGCCCAUGAACAAAGCCCACACGGCCGUCAACAAGCUGCCCUCCGUCAACCAGCUGGUGGGCCAGCCGCUCCCGCACAGCUCUGCGGCCGGGCCCAACCUGGGGCCUAUGGGCCCCGGGAUUCUCAACAACCACAGCCACGCCCUGCCGACCAGCGGCGAGAUGAACAGCAGCCACGGCGCCCAGUCCAUGGUCUCGGGGUCCCACUGCACCCCACCACCCCCCUACCACGCCGACCCCAGCCUGGUCAGUUUCCUGACAGGACUGGGGUGUCCAAACUGCAUCGAGUACUUCACGUCCCAGGGCCUACAGAACAUUUACCACCUGCAGAACCUGACGAUAGAGGACCUCGGCGCCCUGAAGAUCCCGGACCAGCACCGGAUGACCAUCUGGAGGGGCCUGCAGGACCUGAAGCAGAGCCACGACUACGGCGCCCAGCAGCUGCUCCGCUCCAGCAGCAACGCCUCGACCAUCUCCAUCGGCAGCUCGGGGGAGCUCCAGCGGCAGCGGGUCAUGGAGGCCGUGCAUUUCCGCGUGCGUCACACCAUCACCAUCCCCAACCGCGGGGCUCCGGCCGGGGGCGCGGGGCCUGACGAGUGGGCCGACUUCGGCUUCGACCUCCCGGACUGCAAGUCCCGAAAACAGUCCAUCAAAGAGGAGUUCAUGGAGAGCGAGAUUCACUGAGGGGCCGGGGCGCGCAGGAGAGUCGGCGCGGAGG